GGGGGCGUGAACGCAGCGCGGCGUUGAACCCGAAAAACUCCGCAUUCAGGGUGUAAAUAGACCCGCCUUCGUCUGAAAAUAACCGCGGCGAGCUGCAAACAGGAAACGUGCGCGUCUCGCCUCCUGCAGCUCCCCCACCACCACCACCACCACCCCCACCCCCCCGAUGCACCAGCAGGUUCUCCAAAUCCACACCAGCGCCGCAAAGUCCGCACAGCCGCGUCUCCGUCGCUUCGCCCCGACCCAGAGGAGUCCCGCAGGGAAAAAUUAAGACAGAUGACCUCCUUUUACGACGAGAAAGACUUGGAGGAAGAGCUCAGUCAAGUCAACUGCCCCGAUGAGGAUUUGGAGUUUGAGUACUUGUUUGAAUAUGAGCCGCCGGGCAGUGACUUUGCGGGCGCAGAUCAAGAUGACCCCAGCCUUGCGCCUCACAAAGUCCUCAGUCCUGAGUCGGAGCAGGCCUUCCCUCUGGAGGAGGCCUCGCCGUACGGCAUCAAGUCCUGCAGUCCCCCCUACAGCGAGCACACCGCCGAGGUUCUGUCCGGAUAUGAGAAUCCGGAGGCCCGGAAUUACGUGGAUGGUUCCCGGCCCGCGGGCCUGGCCCUGAGCCCCCGCAUCGAGAUCACCCCCUCCCGCGAGCACUACAGCCACGUCCGGGACUCCCUGCAGAGCCAGCACCUGAACAUCAGCCCGCGGCCCACCCUCACCGUGCCGGGCCACGACGGCCUGGCCUACCGCGAGCCGCAGUGCCUGAGCCCCGCCAGCAGCAACUCCUCCACCAGCUGGCACUCGGAGAACUACUCCCCCUGGGCGUCCCCCUGCGUGUCGCCCAGCAGCGGCCAGAACGCCGGAGACCUGUGCCCCCGCCUGCAGGGCAUCCACACUGGCUCGCCGCGCACCUCCCCGGGCACCUCCCCGCGCACCAGCCUAGGCGAGGACGGCUGCCUGGGACCCCGCUCGCCCUCCCCCAGGCCCGGCUCCCGCUCCGCCUCCCCGCAGGGGAAGCGCACCUACGACAUGUACCGGAAUCCGGGGCUGCUCCCGGGGCACCGCUCCCGCAGCCCCUCCCCCAACGGCGCCCACGAAAAUCACAGCAUAGGCGCCCACUAUCCGCACGCCGGCCUCCCCGACGGCAUGAACGGCUUUGGCGCGGUGGGCCAGCCGGGCCUGGUGCCCACCAAAAUAGUCAAGACGUCCAACCAGGUCUACACUCUGUACCCAGAGAACCACGCCGACGGGAACUACCUGGUGUCCUGUGAGCAGGACCUGAAGGCCAAACCCGCCGCAGAGCCUUUCUUCGUCAUCCCUCCGAUCUGGCCCAAACCUCUGGUUUCCAGCAUCUGCAGCAUCCCCGUGGCGUCUCUCCCCCCGCUGGAGUGGCCGGUCCCUUGUCGCGCCGACCAGUACGAGCUCCGCAUCGAGGUUCAGCCCAAACCGCAUCACAGGGCUCACUAUGAGACGGAGGGCAGCCGAGGAGCCGUCAAGGCCCCCACGGGGGGGCAUCCAGUGGUGCAGUUACAUGGCUACCGAGGCAAAGAGCCACUUGGCCUGCAGAUUUUCAUUGGCACUGCGGACGAGCGCAUCCUCAAGCCUCACGCUUUCUACCAAGUCCACCGCAUCACUGGCAAGACGGUCACCACCACCAGCUACGAGAAGAUGAUCAAUGGCACCAAAGUCCUGGAGAUCCCCCUGGAGCCAAAGAACAACAUGAAAGCAAUAAUCGACUGUGCUGGGAUCCUGAAGCUGAGGAAUGCCGAUAUCGAGCUCAGAAAAGGCGAGACGGACGUCGGCCGGAAGAACACCCGAGUUCGCCUUGUGUUCCGCGUGCACAUACCACAGCCCGGAGGACAGCACGUCUCGCUCCAGGCGGCCUCGCAUCCCAUCGAGUGCUCCCAGCGCUCAGCCCAUGAGCUUCCCAUGGUGGAGAAGCAGGACAUGGACAGCUGCUCGGUUCUGGGUGGCCAGCAGAUGAUCCUGACCGGGCAGAACUUCAGCUCCGACUCCAAAGUCAUCUUUAUGGAGAAAACCCAGGACGGGCAGCAGAUCUGGGAAAUGGAAGCGACGGUGGACAAAGAUAAGAGUCAGCCCAGCAUGCUGUUCGUGGAGGUGCCGUCCUACAGAGACACGUCCGUCUGCCACUCGGUGAAAGUGAACUUCUACGUCAUCAAUGGCAAGAGGAAGCGCAGCCAGCCUCAGCACUUCACCUACACACCCCUGGCAUCUUCUUCCAUAAAGACGGAGCCUCUGGAUGAGUAUGAAGCGGAGCACAUGGGCUUCGCCAUGCCUCAGAUCUUGGGUUUGUCCCCUCAUUCCUACUACCAUACCCCACGCGGCACCCUCCACCCAGACAACGGCCUGGCCCCCGGCAUGGCGUCCUGCCAGCGUCUCAGCUCCAGCCUGCCCAACCAGGACACACGUUUCCAGCAGCAGAGUCCGGCCAUCGUCUACUCGCGUGCGGGGAAAGGCUUCGCCGGCCCCGGCCUCUGGCAGACCGGAGCGAUGGUUCCCGACCCCCACCGGUCCGUGCUGGUCCACACGGGGUCCCCCGCUCAGCCCAUGGGUCCCGUCGGCGCCGGCCCGCACCCCUCCAUCAUCCAGUUCUCCCCCACCAACCACCACCUGGUCCGGGCAGGAGACCCCCAAGCCCUCGCCGCGUCGCAGCCGGACAGCCAGCAGGUCAUCUACUGCGACAGCUACUCCCCGCAGGCGGCGGCCGCCCAUUCGCCCACCCCCCCGCAGGCUCCCAUCGCGGUGAGCCACCCGCAGCAGCACUAUCCCACUGUGAUCCAGCAGCAGCCGUACGUGCAGAAGGGGCAGCAGAAAGGUCGCGCCCCGCCCGGUUCGGGCCAGAUGGAGGCCUCGGGGGACGGGCCCAGGCGAGUCACCGUCAAAGAGGAGAACCUGGACCAGGCCUACCUAGAUGAUGGUGAGUUGAACGAAAUCAUCAGGAAGGAUCUGACGGGCGUUCAGGCCAGAGGGCAGACAUAGAGGAGGAAACGACAGCACACACACACACACACACACACACACUCACAGUCUUCAACCUGCCGGUGAGGUGACUCAUUUCCAUCGAUAAUCAGAACUCCUCUUCCUCAUUGAACGAUCGGCUCCUGGAUCCCGUGUUUGCUUUGGAUGCUUUCCUGCAAUAAACUUUCGGCAAACAGAAGGACUCAUUCGACCCGUCUGCCGCCAAUGCCCGCUUAACCACGAGUGAAGCCUCAGAAACGGGCAGAUGUGCCUUAUCUCUGUUAUUAUAUUAUAAAAGAAAGAAUCAAACAGGAAAUUGUAAAAAGGAACAACUCAAUUAGCCAGGCAGUGAAUUCACACCUGUUUCUCUGAUGACAGUGGACGGCCUUUCAUAGCAGGGGUGUAAACAGAAACAGGUUGAAACACUUAUCUCACUGGGCUGCAACACGGAAGAGACAAAGAUGUGAGAAAAUAGGAAAAUUAGCGACAGUUUUUCACCAUUUUCAAUCAUGCUCAACAGUCGCUCGACGUUUGCAUGAAACUCAGUGGACGCUCACAUGACAUUUGCCUAUUAUUCACACAGCAUUCACAAAACAAACACGAGAUACUCUCAGAACAUGAGCCGGACACUCACACAACCUUCGCACGGCGUCCACUUGAUGUGCUCACAAUUCCUGCACGACAUUCACAAUAGACUCACAACAAGACAGAUGCACAGCACUCACUUGAUUUCACGUUUCACAAAAGUUGACAACAUUUUUGCUCAAAAUUCACCUGGAAUUUGGCAUGUAGUGUGAAUGUACUAAACUGAACAACAUCAGCAGCAGCUGCGUUUUUUUUUUUCUUCCCACAAUUCUCAGAACUCUAUUGAGUGAGAUAUUUUGGAAACGUGUUGCAGCCCAGUGAGAUACGGACUUUCUGUGAAACUCACGUUAUACUCAGAAUGUUUUUGUCAAUCAUCUCACAGCAAACGGCCUUUGUUUUGACCGAAGUGAAGCACGCGCUGCCUUAAGCAUAUCCAAAUAAACUGUUGUGCCGCCUCCUAGUAUGCACUGUGUUCAACAACUCGGGAGGUCAACAUUAUUACUUUUUAUAUGACGUUGAAUUCAUGUGAAUAAUGUAUCAUUUCAUAUAAAUAUAUAUUCUCAAACAUAUAGUCAGGUGCCAGAAAGCCUUCACAGAGGUCUGUGAUGUUACAUUGAAAGCACUAUUGUACAUUUCCCAAGUGAUUUCUGCACAAGUUGAACUUUUUCAUCUCAACGUUGCAGUGACGAUGCCUUUCCAAAAAAGUUGGGAUGAUAUGUAACAUAAUAAAUGUGUUUUCAAAUGAGCCAAUUUUUUUUUUUUGUUUUCAUUGAAAAAUAAAGCAGCCUGACAUGUUGUUUAUGCUCUAUGAGUCUAGGAUUUUCUAAUCUUGAUUUUAUUUACAUAUCACAAAUUACACAAACUUUUUUUUUUGCACCCUGGGAUUUUAAAAAUGUAUUUGAAGUCUGACUCCUGGGAGCUGAAGUGUGAGAAUUUUGAUUUAAAGAUGGUCUUUUUUACCUUUGUAAAUCAAAUCUGUCUUUUUUUUUUAAUUUACAUGGAUUGAUAUAACUUCUAAAGUCUUGAAUCUAGAUUACCGAAGCUUUAACUGUGUGCACUGUUGUGUGCGGCUGCAUUUUUGAAGAUCUGCACGUGAUGACAAUCAACUUACCAAAGGCUGCCUUUGCAGAAAUCUUCACGCUUGCAGAAAUUAAGAGCAUAUUUUCUGUUUUCUGUAGCUGCCAUCAUAAUGUAAGCACAAUAGUAGUACACAGUGAUAUACUAUUAAGGCUCGCUUUGGUGAGAAAAGCACUAUAUUUUCAUAAAAUGAUGAGUGAAUUGAUCUGCAAUAAAAAAAAAAAAAAAAUGAAGUGCCAGGAAAUAAAAAUUUGUAAAACAUCUUAUAUUUUGUAUUUGAUUUUUUUAUUUUUUUGAGCCAGUACAGCAGAAGUACAUUUGCCCUUCUUGAAUGUAAACUGUAUUAACUGAACCCGCCCAUUCUUUGUAUGAAUAUCACAAAAUGUCAAAGUUUUUAAAGUACGAGCAGUUUGUUUUUUCGUCGUACGCCGUUUUUCUUGUAAAAUACACAAUUUUAAAGUCAUUAUUUUAUCCUUAAUCUGUUUCAGUGCUUCUUUUUUUAAGGAAACUAUCGUACACUUACCCUUUGUCAGUUUAUAUUCUUGUUCGUGUUUUUGUUAUAUUACCAUUUUUUGCAAACUGUUAAGGAAUCUUAGGUCAUUAAUACUGUCUUAUUUUAUUUUUAUUUUUCUGUGUUGAUAGUUGUCAUGUAUAUGUUACAUUUUGAGUCUUUGUGCCUCUUUUAAAAAAAAUCUCCGUCCAUGCUAUUUUUGUAUCCUCAAAGAAGCAAUAAAUAAUAACCAUGAACAUUA